GCCAACUCUCGGUUUGCACAGUUUAUACACACACGAAAGUGAAAAUAUCAUCAAUAUCAUUGUUCACGCAAACUUUUAUGUCGUCAAUUCCUCAAGAUCCUCUUACAAUAAUAUCAUUCUGCCGAAGUAGAGCGUGCAGAAUUGUAACGGUUUCAUCAUUUUCUUCUCUUUCUCUCUGCAUUUCAUAUUGAGACUAUAUUUUUGUAAAUAGUUCAAUACCUAUAGGAAUAAGGAUAUGCAUCAUUACAUUACAAGUGCCAGUAGAACAGUUUUUGAAUCGGAAGAAAAAUGUUUUCUCGUCGAAAAACUCGAAAAUGUUACUUGCCGGCAAAAACGCCGAAUUCCCAAGAGGAAGAAGGAAAUUGGCUGUGACAACAAAACAGGAGAGAAUAGAGAUUUUUCGGCGGAAAAAUUUGUGGAAGAACUCUUGAACGAAGCUGGUCAACAUUCGUGUGAUGAAACUUCAGAUGCUUUCAAUGAAAGCACAGACAUACCAAACUUUUACGAUGAAAAGCUCUUCAGAAAGGGACAACAGUUUUUCUACAAGUAUAUCUUCAGUCUCUUCUUCAGUAAUAUUUUAGGCUUAUUACUACUAUGUGGAUUCUCAGAAACACUGAAUAUACUUAAAAUGACGAAUAAAUCUAGCACCCCUAUGACAGCAUACAAGAGAUAUAUGGCUACCAUUUUUCAUAUGAUGACUUGGUAUGAUUCCGAUUUCAAACCUGGUUCGAGAUCAUGGUUAUCUCUUCGAAAAGUAAGACUACUGCAUAACCAUUCAAGUAAACAGAGCAACUCCACCCUGAAAUACAGAAUAAACCAAAAGCAAAUGUCUAUCACGCUUUUUGGCUUUAUGGGCCUCGGUCUGAUCAGGAGCAAGAUGCUUGGAAUCCACAAGGCCACAGAAGAAGAAUGGAGAGGAUUCAUACACCUAUGGAGAGUCAUUGGAUACGCCUUGGGCAUAGAGGAUAGGUUCAAUAUAUGUCGCGAAUCGGUAUCAGAAACCAAAAGCAUUUGUAAUCUGCUAGUCGAAAGAGUAUUCAUUCCUGUCAUGAAGAAGCCAGCUGAUGAUUUCCAUAUGAUGACCAAAGCUAUGCUCGAUGGUUUGUGGGCGAUGAACCCAGUUCUUCGACACGACGUUUUCGUUCAGUUUGCCCAAAUGGUCAUGGAUGAUGACAAAGAUCCGAACUACAAGAACGAACAUUUGCCAGAGCUGACUGAACAGGGCAAGAAAACGUUGAAACUUCUUCUUGGUAUCACGUGGGCGUUACAGUAUAGUGUGAUCAGGAUUUUCUUGAAUUUGACGCAGGUGCUAGCCUUGCGGAUCAUGAAAGUAUUCCCGUUUUUAGCUUUGUAUAAGUUUGGGGUAGAUCAUUCGUACGUCAAAAUUUAAAAUGUCUAGAAAAUAUGGUGUAAAUAAAAAUUGUUUUGUUGUCUUCGUGAAUUCAUUGUUCAGAAUAUAAAUUCCCUUAUUGUUAUCACAAAGAUGACGGAAUUUUCAUAAUUACAUAUAUAUUCAAUGUUUAUAUUAUGUAUUAUGUAUUGAUAGCGAAAUGAUGAUUAUUAUUGAC